AUGGUGAACGGGACUGCCGUGUUGGAGCCCACUUUCACUGGCUAUGUCGCAACGACUCAAGAUGCUCUAUUACUCUUCGAGGCAUGUCUGACCGGUGUCCUACAUCACGUCCCCCGUCGACCUCACGACCGUGAACGGAGUCAUCUAGUGCGCAGUGGUAGUGUUUUCAUCUACGAGGAGAACUCAUCUGGCAUCAAAAGAUGGACCGAUGGAGUCACCUGGAGCCCUAGUCGCAUUCUGGGCAACUUCCUCGUCUACCGCGAGUUGGACAAGCCAUUCCCUCCCGGAGAGAAGAAGCGCGCCAUGAAGAAGGCAACCCGACGACCCAUGCCAGCCGGCCGACCUGGGGAGCCUUAUCAACGACACGAUAGUCAAAGCUACUCACCCACAUCUCCUAGUCAAGCCUUUCCUGAGCGUCCGCAGUCCGAGCUCGAACGCGCCUUGGUGGGAUCCCUGGUUGAUUCAUAUGGGUUCAAAGACUCCGGCUUGGUCAAGAAAACAAUGAGCGUGACUGUCUCCGGCGUGACCCACCAUUUGGUCUCAUACUACAGCGUCGAGGAUGUGAUCCGCGGGUCUCUCAACCCACCCUCAAUGGUGGAAUCCCUACGCUUCCUCCGUCCCCGCACAGAACUCACUCAAAAGCAAAGCUUCCGAUCUCCCAUCGACGAGUUAGAGAACGUCGAAAGCCAAGAGCCCUCUCACGCGGCUAUAUACGGUUAUCGUCAGCAACCAAUCAUGGCUCCUCCAUCUUACCACAUGCAAUCCCCCUCAAACGAGUUCUACAUGCCUCAAAGCCCCUACACCACCACUCACGCGCCCCAACCAGGCCCAAUCCACGGCUAUUCAAUGGGCGCCCCGAUGGCAAACCCCACACCAAACCCGUACCUUCCAGCCCCGGGAAACCCCAUAAAGCAGGAAGACUACCACGCGUUCCGCGCAGGCCCCUACGGAGGAAGCAUGGACUCGAUGAGCGCGCACAGCAUGUCCUCCUCAAUCGGACUCAAUACGAUCCCGUCCUCGCUAAGCGAUCGCAACCGCUCAACCUCAGACCACAGCCCAUCCGCUUACAGAAACUCAUCCAUCUCCUCCCGCUCCCAGGCUACAGACGCGACUUCGCCGAUGGACCCCUCCACACCGGGCAAUUACUCCCGCGGCAGCUUCAGCAUGCCCGGCCAACUCGACUCCCAACAUGCUCUCGAUCGAAACAUGCCCGGGAUUGAUCCCAGUGUUCCCCGUCGCGAGUCGAACCCCAUUCACCCGUACUACGCCGCGCCUGAUCGCUCGCAAUACUAUGUUCCUGCGCCUUACGCUGCGACCCAGCCUAUGUCCACAUGGACCACGACUGCUGCCUCGCAGCCGCAGAUGGCCCAGCCGCAGAUCUAA